UCGUCACUAAAUACGCCCACAUCUGUCGCUGUGGCUGAUUGCAACGGCGGGUUUGACAGGAGAGAUCGGAUGUAGUUCCGGCUGGCGGCGCACUGAUCGCUGCGGCCGGAGGUUGCGAAGGGGGGGUCGCAAACUGCAUUGCUGCCUAUGGGGUUGCUGCAGCGGUCAAACCGGCAUGUAAAAGCUUACGCUUCUCUGAGGGGUCGGGGAGACAUGGUGCAAGUAGCCUUUGAAAACCCUGGCUGACCGUCUUGAUUCGAGAAAUGAAGCGAACUAGGGGGAACGCAGAGAAGCCGCAGCCCACCGCGGGCAAAGUGGAAGCCCCUGUAUUACGUAGGAGAACAGCUGGACCAGAGGAGAGAGCUGGCAGCAGCAGGGACCAGGAUACUGUUCCCCCUCCUGCUCCACUGCUGUUCAGAAAACUGAGCAAUCCUGAUCUGUAUUCAUCCACCGGGAAGGUAAAACUGCAUCGUCAGCUGAGCCAGGAUGAUUGCAGGCUUCGUAGGGGAAGUUUAGCCAGUUCCCUAACAGGAAAGCAACUUCUUCCACUGUCUAACAGUGUUCACAGUGGAGUUGGUCAGCUGACAACAUGGCAGCCAUCAGCAGAGACAUCAAAUCUGGUUCGAAUGAGAAACCAGUCUUUUGGCCAGUCGGCACCUUCCCUUACAGCUGGAUUGAAGGAGCUGAGCCUGCAAAGAAGAGGAAGCUUCUGUCGUUCUAGUAAUCGAAAGAGCUUGAUUAUAGCUUCCAGCACAUCCCCAACUUUACCCCGUCCUCACUCCCCUCUCCAUGGACAUACAGGUAACAGCCCACUCGAUAGUCCACGUAACUUUUCUCCAAAUGCUGCUGCUCACUUUUCAUUUGUUCCUGCUCGGAGCCACGGACACAGAGCAGACAGGACGGAUGGACGCCGUUGGUCUCUGGCAUCUCUACCUUCAUCUGGAUAUGGAACUAACACCCCUAGUUCCACAGUUUCAUCAUCAUGCUCAUCCCAAGAAAAGCUGCACCAGCUGCCAUUUCAGCCAACAGCAGAUGAGCUUCAUUUCCUGACCAAACACUUCAGCACAGAGAGCAUCACAGAUGAAGAGGGGUGUCACUCACCAGCCAUGCGCCCUCGUUCCCGCAGCCUCAGCCCGGGACGUGCUCCUAUUUCAUAUGAUGGAGAGAUAGUAAUGAUGAAUCAUGUGUACAAAGAACGAUUUCCUAAGGCAAAAGCGCAGAUGGAAGAACGACUGGCGGAUUUCUUCAUUUCCAACUCUCCAGAGAAUGUGCUACCUUUAGCAGACGGUGUCCUGAGCUUCAUUCAUCACCAAGUGAUUGAACUGGCACGGGAUUGCCUGAGCAAAUCAAGAGAUGGACUGAUCACCUCUCGCUACUUUUAUGAGCUUCAAGAGAACUUAGAGAAAUUGCUUCAAGAUGCCCACAAGCGGUCCGAGAGCUCAGAGGUGGCAUUUGUUACCCAACUGGUGAAAAAGCUUAUGAUCAUCAUUGCCCGUCCUGCCCGACUCCUGGAGUGUUUGGAAUUUGAUCCAGAAGAAUUCUACCACCUGUUAGAAGCUGCAGAAGGCCAUGCCAAAGAAGGAGAAGGAAUUAAGUCAGAUAUUCCCAGAUAUAUCAUCAGUCAGCUGGGGCUCACACGGGAUCCCUUUGAGGAAAUUGCCCAGCUGAAUAGUUAUGACAGCAGUAAUACAGAUACUCCCGAGAUUGCUGAUUGUGUUGAGGGUCGCAUUGGUGCUACUGUAAUUCAACCAAAGAAAACACCCUCAGAAGAGCAGUUUGAAAACAUUAAACUGAUCAGCAAUGGAGCUUAUGGAGCGGUGUAUUUAGUACGACACAAGGAAACAAGGCAGCGGUUUGCAAUGAAGAAGAUCAACAAGCAAAAUUUAAUCCUUAGAAACCAGAUCCAACAAGCCUUUGUAGAGAGGGAUAUUCUCACUUUUGCUGAAAAUCCAUUUGUAGUCAGCAUGUUUUGUUCUUUUGAGACGAAGAGGCACCUAUGUAUGGUCAUGGAGUAUGUGGAAGGAGGAGAUUGUGCCACCCUUCUGAAAAGUAUUGGUGCCCUUCCAGUUGAAAUGGCUAGAAUGUAUUUUGCAGAGACUGUGCUAGCGCUAGAAUACCUUCAUAAUUAUGGAAUCGUUCACCGAGAUCUCAAACCAGAUAACCUCCUAAUCACCUCAAUGGGACACAUCAAGCUUACAGAUUUUGGUCUCUCUAAAAUUGGGCUCAUGAGUCUAACCACAAACCUUUAUGAAGGUCAUAUUGAAAAGGACACAAGAGAAUUUUUGGAUAAACAGGUGUGUGGGACCCCAGAAUACAUUGCACCAGAAGUCAUCCUGAGGCAGGGAUAUGGGAAACCUGUGGACUGGUGGGCUAUGGGCAUCAUUCUUUAUGAAUUUUUAGUUGGUUGCGUUCCUUUCUUUGGUGAUACAGCAGAAGAAUUGUUUGGACAGGUCAUCAGCGAUGAAAUUGCCUGGCCAGAUGGAGAUGACGCUUUGCCUGCAGAUGCUCAAGAUCUUAUAUCCAGACUUCUUCGGCAAAACCCCUUGGAGAGACUAGGAACAGGAAGCGCAAUUGAGGUUAAACAGCAUCGCUUUUUCAAAAACUUGGACUGGAAUGGCCUGCUGCGGCAAAAAGCAGAGUUCAUUCCCCAGCUAGAAUCUGAAGAUGACACCAGUUAUUUUGACACCCGUUCAGAAAGAUAUCAGCACAUGGAUUCUGAAGAGGAGGAAGACACUAAUGAUGAAGAACGAGUAGAGAUCAGACAGUUUUCAUCAUGUUCCCCUCGAUUUAGCAAGGUUUAUAGCAGUAUGGAGCGCCUUUCCAUUCAUGAAGAAAGAACUCCUCCACCCACUAAACGCAGCCUGAGUGAAGAAAAAGAAGACAAGUUGGAUCUGCUGGGUGGGCUGAAAAACAGAGACCGGGGCUGGGUUAUCGGAUCCCCUGAAAUCCUUCGCAAGCGUCUGUCUGCAUCUGAGUCCUCUCACACAGAAAGUGACUCCAGCCCUCCUCUUACUGCCAGGAAGCGCUGCUCUGCUCUGGUUGAUAUGCCUCGCUUUGCCAUCUCCACAGAAGAAGAAUUGCACUUACAGAGGAAGCUAAGCCAGUCUCAACAGGAUGCAACAGCAAGUCCAUCUUCUCUUCCAAAAGAGGGCAACACCCUUCCUAUCCUACAGCAGCCAGUGGAAAGAGAGCUGAAACUAGAUGAUGAGUUGGGGCCAUCUACACCUUCUUCGACCAUAAGCAAUAUCAGCAGCUCAACCACACUGACUGCUGGCAGUACCUCUGAUUUCUCAGAUCACAACAUUCACAUUGGCACAGACAUGUCUGAAUUUGCCUCGCCAAAAGCCAUCAGCGACUUAGCUGUAAGAAGAGCGCGCCAUAGGCUUCUCUCUGGGGAUUCUGGAGAAAAACGCACCUCCAGACCAGUCAAUAAAGUCAUCAAGUCAGCCUCUGCUACUGCCCUGUCACUUAUGAUCCCCUCUGAUUACCAUACGUAUUCACAUUUGGCCAGCCCUAUGUCACCACAUUCUUUAUCUUCAAACCCAUCUUCACGUGACUCUUCCCCAAGCAGAGAUUUUUCCCCUGCUAUCCACCACCUCAAACCUCCAAUCAUCAUACAUCGUGCAGGAAAGAAAUAUGGGUUCACUCUACGAGCAAUUCGUGUCUACAUGGGAGAAAGUGAUGUCUAUACUGUUCAUCACAUGGUGUGGCAUGUUGAAGAAGAUGGUCCAGCUCAUGAUGCUGGGCUACGAGAAGGUGAUUUAAUCACCCAUGUCAAUGGAGAGCCUGUCCAUGGGCUAGUGCACACGGAAGUUGUGGAACUCAUCCUAAAGAGUGGAAACAAAGUUUCUAUAUCCACUACCCCAUUUGAGAACACUUCAAUCAAAGUUGGCCCAGCAAGAAAAGCUAGCUACAAGUCAAAAAUGGCUCGCCGGAAUAAGAAGAGCAAACCAAAGGAUGGGCAGGAGAGCAAGAAAAAGUGUUCUUUAUUCCGGAAAAUCACAAAGCAAGCAUCACUUCUUCACACCAGUCGCAGCCUGUCCUCUCUCAACCGCUCCCUGUCCUCUGGAGAAAGUGUGCCUGGCUCUCCAACCCAUGUGCUGUCCCCUCGCUCUCCUACACAGACAUACAGAUCUACUCCAGACUCUACACACUCAGUUGGUGGUAAUUCUUCCCAAAGCAGCUCCCCAAGCUCCAGUGUUCCUAACUCUCCAGCCAGCUCUGGGCAUAUCCGACCCAGUUCCCUGCAUGGGCUGGCUCCAAAGCUACAAAGACAAUACAGGUCUCCUCGUCGGAAAUCUGCAGGGAAUAUUCCACUUUCACCAUUGGCACAUACACCCUCUCCAAUUUCUCAAUCCACCUCUCCACAGCGUUCACCUUCACCUCUUCCAGGACACACUCUUGGAAACUGCAACAUUCUGCAGUCAUUUCCUGUCAAAUUGCACUCUUCUCCACCACUUGUCAGGCAAAUAUCCAGACCAAAAAGUACUGAACCUCCACGGUCUCCUCUGCUGAAAAGGGUACAAUCUGCAGAAAAGUUAUCUGGUUCAUUAUCCUCUGAGAAGAAGCUGGCUGCUUCUCGGAAGCACAGUCUUGAUAUCUCUCACUCAGAUUUCAAAAAGGAAAUAUUGCAUCGAGACUUAAGUUUGCAGUGCUUGCCAGAGUCUAUAAGUGAGAACACUCGUGGCAAAGUAGGACUGGCAGAAAAAGGGACUCUGCAGAAACCUUCAAGAAAACUCAGUGCUAUUCGUCACAAUAGAGUGGAAAGAAGGGAGUCACUUCAAAAACAGGAGGCUAUUCGAGAGGUCGAUUCUUCUGAGGAUGAAACUGAUGAAGGCUCAGAGGAUAGUCAGGAUGGGAGGGGGUUAGAGAGAUCUUCAUUUAGAAAUGAGAAAGUUUCAGCUUCAGGCUUCAGCAGUGGCAGAGAUUCCUGCCAGAUGCAGAGCAAGAGUAGCACUGAGGAUGAUUCUUUUCUGCCUCAAGGUUACAGGAGAAAGAGUGAGGUGAAAGAAAAUUCUAGUAAGGUUAUUGAUACCACAUCACAAAAUCUCCCUGACCAUGCAGGGAUUGUGUCCUUUUGUAGUCCAAACCUUGCCCCUCACACUUGCCCGAUGCCUGCUGCAGAAAUGAAUAUGCUAAAACAACAAAAUGUUUUGAAACAUGAGGUAAAUGUUAUGCAAAUACAAAGUAAACCACUCCAAGAAUCAAGUCAUGGAAGCAGAGGCACUGAAAGGAAAAACACUCAAAAUAGUUUAGUGCAAAAAGAAGCAGACUGCUCUUCAACGUCACAUCUCCAUCAGCCAUGCAAAAGUAGCUGUAUUAGCAUAGUAGAUCAUUUAGAGGUACCUAAUUGGAAAGAGACUGUUCCCGAAAAUGGCUCUAAAGAGUCUGCACUUUCGUCAUCUUGCCUAAAGACCACUUCCAAUUCUGUUGCAGUACACUGCCCCGCAGGAAAAACCUGUACAACUACCAGUACUGCAUCAGAUGCUUAUGUGCAAUAUUUGCCCAUUGUAAAUGAGCACCGGCAGCAGGAACCUGCUGAAAAGCAAAGCACUUUAAAGGGGAUAAACUCUGUUUCCACAGAAGCAACCUUGUCUCAAAAAACAGGUACUGUUUCUUCAAGCAACCCUGUGUCCAGUGAGAAAAAGCCAUUGGUAUAUCAUAUUGCAACCAUGGCUAAGAGCGUCUUGGGACCAGUAAAGCUUAGCAUGCCGGGAUCAAAAAGUUCAGAUGACCAUACAAACAAAAAGGAGAAAAAUUCAAGGCAAAAAAAAUCUGAGCUUUCUAGAUCUGACUCAAUGCAGGAAGGCAUUCGAGCAUUGUCUAUAGACACGGGUUUCAGGAUAUGCACCUCCUUAAAUGAGUGUACUUUAUCUGCUGUCUCCAAACAACAAGACCGCACUUCUCUUUCUAACAAGUCAGAACGACUACGAGUAUUUGAUGUUUUAGACCCUAGAAAAAUUCCUCCAUCAAAGGAUCAGCAGCCAGCAGCAGAUAAAUACAUGGGGAAAUCUCCUUCACUCAGUGAGGUCAGCAAAAAACUAAAGAAAGAGGAAACUGGGGCUCAAGGGACUAUCAAAGUGAUUGGCAGUCAGUCCAACCCACAGGAUGGUAUAUCAUUACAUGCAGAUAACAUGAGAAACACAUAGCAGUAUUUACCAUUGGACUUCUCUGCACGUUAUACACUAUCAUAACAACUAUGUAUCAUUUUCAUGCCUUUAUUUUUGUUAAAUUUCAUGUUGCAUUGUUUCAGGUUUCCCCAUACAGCUAUCUUAAUUCUUUGUAAUAUACUGCAUGCCCCACACUAUUAUUCAAGGGUACUGUACAUAUUAUGUUGGUGGAACAGGGUAUCUUAAAUGCAGGGUAUUUAUCUUGUAUUACCCAUGCUUAGUAGGAUAUUGGUGUAGAAUUCUGUAAAAAGAAUGCUUAUUGGAUACGGCCUUUGCAUGUCUCAGAUAUACAUAUGAUUUCACUGGCGUUCCAUUGCUAAAAGCAAGAUUGUAUUAUUUUAUACUUUCUGGUAUGUAGAAAUUAUUUUUUUUUAUUUCAUUUAGCUCUCUAAAUAUAAAGUAUGCUUUAUAUUUGUAAAGUUACAGCUAGAGAUGUUAAUACUCUGGGGACAGAUGAUCGAAAACAAGCAGAGCAUUGUCAUACAGUGCUGGAAACUGACAAGCUUAUGGUAAACAGGUGGUUUUGUAACUGCAAAUCCUCAGCAUUGACUGAGGGUUUCCUAUAUCUGUACAAUCGCAUUGACAAUGAACUGAGUAAGGACACUAUAGUGCAAUGGAGAAAGUAGAACACAAGAUAAGGUUCUCAGAAACACAAUAAUGUACCAUGUUCAGAAAUCUUUGUUUCAUGCUGCUCUUUUAAUGACCUUUCUAAGAUACGUUUUAUUCUGUUUCCACCCAUUCUUGUCUUACUGAUUGGACAUCAUGGAACGUCCAUAACAGGUUUACUACUAAGGAUUCUGUUUUUGUUUUUUAUUCCAAAAUUAGUCAGUAACUGAAACAUGAUAUGAUGCCAAGUUUCCCUUUACAAGACAACGUUAAAGUGGAUAUGAACCUAAAAAUAACAUUUUGCACAUGGAAGCAAAUCUAAAUCUCAGCAUUUUUCCAAUGCCCAUUAUUUACACCUGUUCAAUCAUUUUAAAGUUAUUUGUUGCCAUUCCCUGCACUGCUGGUUCCUUAAACAGAAACCAUUUAAACAACGUUAAAGUAGUACGCUCUCCUAUAAUUCCCACAAUGCCUUGCAUGUUCUGCAAUUUGCAAGACCUGUAAAGAAGAAUCAUGGAAGUGUGCAAGGCAUUGUGGGAAAUGCAAACUUGGCUGGGAAACAAGUGACUGCUGCAACAUUGCUUCAGUUGUUCUAAUGAAUAUUUACUCAGAACCAGUAGUGCUUGUAAUAUCACUUAUAUUUACACACAUCUUUAAAAUCAUGGAAACAUUUAAGUAUAAUGGACAAUUGCUUAGAAUUAAAUUUAUUUCAUUAUGCAAAAUGUUACAUUUGGGUUUACAGCCCAUGUAAAUGAGUUGUUUUGCCCCAUGUGAAAAGAGAGAAACUAUUUAACCCUUCACUGCCAUGCCGACAAGCAGGAGACAAAAGAGCUUCCUGACUGUCGGAGCAGCAACCGCAUACAAGUCCUAAGUUGGGACCAAAAUGGAGACAAAUACAGCACGUUCUCUAAGGAGGACCUUUCUAAGUAACAAUUUGCUGCCAAAGAUGGUGUCGGGGAGUACAUUAGGCAAACCACCUAUUAGCUGAUUAGUAAGUAAGAUGAGUAAAACAAAAGACAUAAAAGUUAAAACUAACGCAUGGAACAAAUAUUAGCUCUGAAAAUUAUUCAUAACUUUUAAAAGAAAUAUUCUUAAAUGUAUAUAGUUUUCCUAGUACUACAUUUUAAAAAAAUAGUUAUACCAGUAAAAUUCUGUGUGAACUGCAAGGUAGUAAAUUGUGUGUCGAAUUUGAAUAGCAUUGUCCUGGACAUCCCUGUAGGUUUGAAGGCAUACUGAUAUGACAGCCACAACACCGUUUCUCCCAUUAUUAUAUUUUAAUAUAAGGAACAUAAUGCAUGUUUACUAUUGUGUGAUCAGCAAAGCUACACAUAUGCACAGAGAAAAAUAUUGUAUAACUAUGUAAUAAAGAGCACAUGACAUUGAGGGAAAAUCCAGGAAAGUCAGAAAAAAUAGCUAGUUUCAGGGCCAGACAAACAUGGAUCAUUGAGUUCUCAAAGUC